AUGCCAGAGGGCUCGGAGGGCCCAGAUUGUGAGGCUGUCUCGGAAGAGGCAGCCUCAACGUCUUCAAUCUCGAUCUCAAAUGUUAAGCACGUCUACUUGGACUUCGACCAGACCAUUUGCGUUGUUCACGUCUUCAAGCAACUGGCUGGCUGGGAGCCAGGCGUGGACCCUCCGCAUGCCUUGUCCGAGCGAGGCCAGAUCCACAGGCUGAAGAUGUUGAAUGCGGCGAGCCCCUCUUUUGGCGCUUCCUGGACAGCACGAGCCUUGGGAGGCAGGAAUUCUAAUAUGGUGCAGAUCAUCGUUCUGACGAAGGGCAUGCUUGGAGCGUGCGCGUAUGUCUUGGAGCAAGAAGGAUUGCUUCACUUCGUUGAGAUCUUUGGACUGUUGGGGGCCGCAUAUGGCGAGUUGGAUUUUGAUCGCCUGGCACUGCAACCUUCGAGGCUUGAAGGUAUGCCGGAGAAGCAGCGAUGUCAAUCUACAGCCAGCCUGAUACAGAAGCAUAUGCGGGCACGAAGAGCCACAGGAGCAAGUGCAGUACUGGUUUCGUGUGACCCGGAGGAGGUGGAGUCAGUGGCCUCCGUCUGUCUCGGAAUUCUAGCCACUGGACUUGAAGGGAGGGAGAUGGCUGAGCUUCGACGGCUUUGCCUGGAUUCCGAGCAGGCCAUUCAACGCUUGUGGCGGGAGGUGCCAGAGCUACAGGACAGCGAGCGCACACACAGGAAGGGCAAGGGUCGCGGCAUUAAAGGCUCGCCAGCCAGAAACGUGCAUGAUGCAAUUCCGGAGCUAUUUUCUUCUCUUGUCGAGACCUUAAACAUCCGAUGA